CGGCCGCCGCGCUCCCUCCCGCCCUCCUCCCGCUGCGCGGCCGGGCCCGCAGGGCAGAGCGACACUCGCCAGGCGGCUGCGUCCCGGCGGCGGCCCCCGCGCCCCUCCGCUCCGCCUCCGAUAAGCCAUUUUGUGCCAGUUUGUGAAGGCUGAAGGAUCUGCUGAAGGGAACACCUGCUUUUGAGGUUGCAGAGUUGCUAAAGCAUGGCUGACUUGGAUCACAACCUCAGCCUGGCGGAUGCUCUGACAGAGCCACCUCCUGAGAUUGAGGAAGAAGUGAAAAGGGACUUCAUUGCCACUCUGGAAGCAGAGAAAUUUGAUGAUGUUGUUGGAGAAACAGUAGAUAAAACAGACUACGUUCCUCUGCUGGAUGAUGAUGAUGAUGUUGAUGGAAAAGCUGGGAGCCAGGAACCAAAGAGCAAACCUCAUCCAGACAGUAUUCAGGUGGAACAUACUUCAGCCUCUGGGCCAACGGUUCUAGAAAAUGGUGACCAUGGCAUAGAAAAUAACCGUACAGUGUUCCAAGGAGAAAUCAUGGAUGAAAGCAUAUCUUAUGAAGACUAUUUUGAUCGCAAUGACACCUGUACAAUGGAUGACAGAGACCUGUGCUUUGAAUCGCAGCCAGUGUUCAAGCCCAUGGAGAUGGCUGACCCCUUCAGCAUGCACAGAGGGGAGAACCUGCCUGAUCUGUCGUUUCCUACUGACAUGCAGCACGUACCGAUGUUCGCGGACCACGUUGCGGUUUCCAGAGACAUCCAUGCACCACAUGCAUCUAUGAUGGUACCUGAUCAACCUUUCCUGGGGUCCCCAUAUUCUCCUGCAGAAGUUCUAGAUCCAUCAGCCUUUAUUGGCCUGGAUUCAGCUGCAGAAUAUCUGCAAGACACAGCAGUGCCUGAAGAACACUGGAUGGGAGCUCAGCAUGCUGCAAAGGGACCUGAUGCCGCUUUCUUUGUUGAGCCACCAGUGCCCUCCACAGUGACUGAAGCAAAAAAACUGCAUGUGCCAGAAGGCCCUGCAGCAGUGGAUCCUGCUUUUGAUCCUACCGCACUGAUGGCAUCCUCAGGAGAGGCUGAAACUACUGGUGCACCACAAGGUGCAGCAUCAGCAGAUGCUCAGUGUGUUCCUGCCUUGGAUGUCGCGUCCAUGACUGCAGAUAAAGCUGAGUCCAUUCUUAAAGGAGAUGCGGAGCCUCCUCAAGCAGUGGAUGCUGGAUUUGCCUCUGCAGCAGAAGCCAUGCCUCUCCAUGCCUUAGAUAGCAGGUUUGCUCCUGCAGUGGAAACAGUGUCUCCUAAUGCUGUUGAUGCUGCCUUUGCCCCAGCAGCAGAUGCUGGGUUUGCCCCAGCAGCAGAUACUAAAUCUUGUCAUGCGGUGGAUUUGGAGUUUGCACAAGCAGCAGCAGAUGCAGUGAUUGCCCCACCAGCAGAUACCAAGUCUCAUCACACUAUGGAUUUGGAGGUUUCCCCAGCAGAAGAUGCAGGUUUUGCCCCAACAGCAGAUGCUGUGUCUCACCAUGCUAUGGAUUUGGCGUUUGCCCCUGAAGCAAAUGCAGAGUUUGCCCCAGCAGCGGAUACUACUUCUCACCACGCUAUGGAUUCGGAGUUUGCCCCAGCAGCAGAUGCAAAGUUCGCCCUUGCAGCAGAAGCCAGCCAUCUUCACGCUAUGGACUCUGGGUUUGCCCCUGUAGCAGAAGACAAGGCUCUUUUUGCCAUGGAUGCUGGGUUUGCCUCUGUGCCUGAGGUGAAGUCUGUCCCUGCAGCUGACACCAAGGUUGCUGCAUUUGAAGAGCUGAUCACAUCCGAGUCUACUGUGGAGCGAGACAAGUCACCCUUCAACAAGCCCCCAGCAGAAGCAACUGCAAACACGGAACAAGAGUUGAAGGUCCCAGAAGCUUGUGCUGAGCUUCCCUUAGAGAAAGCCAAAGACAUUGGGUCAUCUCCCAGCCACCAUACAGAGCAUCUUCCAGAAAAAGUAGAUCAAAUUCUAGAACCAGCAGUAGAAGCAAAAGAAGCCAUGGCACUAGAGAAUAAAGAACUCCUUCCAGAAAAACCUGUUACUACUGCGGAUCUUACAGUUACAGAGAGACCAAAGGAGGAAGCUGAACAUAACCAUGCAGAACCCCAGCAAGAAAAAGCCCUGCAAGAGACUACAGGUCUACCUACUGCACAAUUAAGGCAAGCUAACAAAUCAAGUGAACGCAGGUUUGGCAGAGCAAAACCUGCAGCAGUGCCUAUUGCAGAUGUGCCAGAGGAACGUCUAAUAGGCUUCCCACAACAGAAGAGUCCUGACCCAAAAGUAGACCCCUAUUCUAUAGCAGAGCUUGGAUGGGUUGCUGGAACAUCCCCUCGCACUAGGGUUUCCCAUAAAAAGGCAUCAGAGCAACCGUCCAGUGUGCUAUCAGAGUUUGCGGAGAGCUACAGAGAUGUGCCAAGGGAGAGCUGGGAUUUGGAAGGUUCUUCAGUCAUUGUGAAGAAGAAGAAGAAGAAACCAAAACAAAAGAGAAAUCAGCAGCCAAGAACAGUGGAGUUCUGGGAUGAAAAUACUGCAGUCGCCCAAGCACCUAAAAGUUGUCCUUUUGCUGUUGAACCGCAAAAACCAGAUGUCCGUCCCAUCUUGCCUGCUGAUGCUCGCAAAGAGCAGUCGGUUGCCUCAGGAAACAGAGCUUCAGACAUGCCAAAGGAUGCUAAAAUAACAGCUGGAAAUCUGAUCUUGGAUGAUCAGAAUGCCUUCGCAAUGCCAGCACCCAGAGAGCAGGCCCAAAAAACUGACACACUGAUUGAGUCUGUGUUGGAUGCAAAAAAUGGAGACUUCACAAAAACAGAGGAAAUGAGAGAUGACAGUUUGUUGCAGUCUAAAGGCAAAAUAAAACCGAUUUCCUUGGAGCAGAUGGACAAAGCAGACGAGAUGAAGGUGGGGGAACCUGUUAAAGCAAAGGUGCCGACAAAGCCUGUGGAAAUAAGUCAUCUUGAUAAAAAUGAAAAGAGGGAGUAUAAGGAGUCAGAUUGUUCAGACCUGAAGGCAUCUCUUUCAGAAGAGAUCAAUCUAAGCAAAGUAGAAACUUCUUUAAAGACCAAACCUUCGGAAGUCCCCCUUUCUGAUAAAGGUAAGGAGACCGAGUGCACAUCUCCCAGGCAUGAGACUGUCCCCACUGAGCUUCAGACUUCCAGUGGUUCACUGGAAGAAAAAGCAAAGAGAAGAGAUAGUGAAAAGAGCCAAGAGGCUGAAAAUGAAUCUUUCAAGCAUCCUGAUCUUCUGCAGACUAGAGCCCCAGUAGACAAGCUUCCUCACACGCCAAAAACAGCUGACAAAACUAAAGCAGUUUCCCCCAAUAAGUGGGCAGAGAUCAACUUUGGUACUUCUGAGGGAGUACUGAAGACCACAGCAGAUGCUAAUAAAACGUCUGUUACACCAUUAGUUGUACCAAAACCUGAAGAAGUUAUUCUUUCGAGAAACAGAAAGGCUGACAGUUUUUCAGAGCAGAUGUUACUUGCAGCAGCUCAAUCUGAUACAGCCAAACAUCCCACCUCUGCUGAAGUAGCAGAUUCCCCUGACAAAAACAAAGAGCCUGGAUUUAUUGCAUUAGAGCAUCAGACUGCAAAAGACCUCAAUAUUGUACAGGGGUUGGACAAACCUAAAAAAAAGCGUGGUGAAGGGAAAGUCAGAAAAAUUAAGAAUUUCCCUGAGCAGAUAACACUUUCGGAGGAUGCAAGCAAACUUACUAGUGGUGGGAAGACAGAUGAGACAAUAAAAGAACCGACUUUCCCUGAUAAAGGCAGAGAGACUGGUUUUACUACAAGAGGAUAUCCAUCAGCACACAUUGCACAUAGUUCUACUGCAAAAGCAGCAGACAAGGCCAAAAAAAGAGGUAGUGAUGGAAAAAGUAAAAAAAGUGAGAAAGGUUUUUUCCAGCAGCCUUUUCUUUUUGAGAGUAAGAGGGAUGUAAGUAGUUCUUCUGACAUAAUCAACAAACCUAAAGAAAUCGGCAUUAGUGAUAAAGGCAGAGAGAGAGGCUGUCUUACUGCUGAGUAUUUUCAGGAGAAUGUAUCAGAGGUAGCUAAAGCACAAAGUCCCAUUGAACGGGUGACUGAGGAGCCCAAACAAAGUGUUGGAAAAAGUGAAGUAGCACUUUUGGGCGCUUCAGAGCAGCCGUUACCUCUGAAGAGUGGGACGGAGGAAGCAAAGUGUCUCGCUAUGGCUGACACAGUCAGCAAAACGAUGGAGACAAAUGUGAUGAGUAAAGGCAAAGAGGCUGGAUUUACUUCCCCAGAUAAAUCAGUUAUGACAGAUUCUAACGCAAUGUCGGCAGACAAACCUAGGAAGAGGUGUAGUGAUGGGAAAAGAAAAAAUGAAAAAAAUCAUUUUGGGCAGCCUGCCAUCCUGGAGACUAGGGCAGAAGCAAGUCAUCUUCCAAGCAAAGAGGAGGUGGCUGGAAGCACAGAAAAGGUGACCCCUGAUAAAGAUAAAACGUCUGAUUUUGAAGGAGAUCUUUUGCUGGAGGAUCUGACAGGUAGGAACAAAGAGAUGAUGGAAAAGCCUGAAAUACAAGGUGACACUAGGAAAAGCUGCUCUAAUACGCUAGUUGUGUCAGGUUAUAAAAUAGAGACAGCAAAGCCAGAAGUGGUCAAAACUAUAGAAACUUGGCCCACUGAUAAAGGUAAGGAAAUGAUCAUUAAUCCAUCAGAGCCUGUCCCAGAGAACAGGACAGAUGGAGCUAUGGCACGCAGCCCCGGCAGCAAAACAGUGACAGACGAGCCUAAGAAAAAGGGUGGAGAUGUGAAAUGCAAAAAGCCUGAAAACACUCUUGAGGGCUCUGUCAUGCUGGGUCUAGAUAAAAUCCCUGCAGGAACUGAAGAGAUGGGAAACAUUACAGAAAUUCAGUCUCUGGGUAAAGGCAAAGAGAGUAGUUUUCCUUCCACAGUGAGUGUGCUUGGUGAUUUAGCUGAUACAGCUUCUACUAAGCCUCUAGAGCCAGAAAAAUUAAGCGCAAGUAUUAAAGAAAAAUAUAGGAAGAUGGAGGCUGGUUUGGAGCAGGCAUUUCUCCUGGAUCCUAACACUGCUGGAGCAACGUUUGCUAUUGGCGACACGGGGAGAGCUCCUGGAUCCAAGGCAGAAGGCUCCACUCGCUGUAGCAACGUGGCUGGACUCCCUGUUUUAGAGCAGCCUGCUCUAAACUCCAGCUCCCCAGUGCCAGAUCACAGUUUGGCCCCGGAACCUGAUAGAUCUAAAAAGAGGAGUAGUGAUGGAAGAAGUAAAAAAGCUAAAAAUGCCUCUGAGCCAGCUUUUCUAGGGACAAAAACAAGGAGGAGUGACGCGCAGCCUCCCGUGGCAUCAGAGAUGCACUAUGGAGUAGAAGAAAUGGAUUUUGUAGAUGAAAACAGAAAUAUUAAAAAUUUCCCCCUUGGCCCACGAAUGCCCUGGGAUACUGAGGAGAGCUUCUUUGAGUCCUUUGCUCAAGCAGCAGUAGUUAGCCCUGAAGGACCUGGCAGUGUUUCUUCUGGCUUCCCAAAGCAAGCGGAAAAGAAUGCUGGAGGUAAGGCACUCCCUUCUUCUGGAGCGGUGUUGGAGAACAGCAGCCCAGGGCCUGGGUCUAGUGAUAAAAAGGAGAUGCCUGAACAGAGAUCUUACGAGCACCUGGUCAAUCUGGGCCACAAAGAGCCUGGAAAAGACAUUUCAAUGAAAGAGGAGGAGAAAACCAGGGAUACUAGUGUCUGGGAUGAGAGGAAGACGGAUAACCAACUUUCUUUGGAUCAGACAGUUAAACAUGGUGUUACAUCAAAAAAGGAUGAAGUUCUUUCUACAAUAGCAAAGGUAGAUGAAAAAGAAAUAAAAAUUACAGAUAAAAGGCAAGACCCUGGCUGCACCUCCUCAGACCUUCUGUGGAAAGUGGCAGACACGAAAAGCAGAACAGCUCCUGUAGGUGCCAAAGUGACAGUAAGAACAGAAGAAACUGUCUCUUUUGGUGAGAAGGACACUGGGUGUGGUUCCUCUGGCUUCCCAGACGCGGCUGUGCCGCUGGCUGCAGCACGGGCGUCGAUGGAGAGCAGUGCUGAAGAGGCCAAGCUGCCUGGAGGCAGCGGGGGUGAGCAGAGCUUGCUGAAGGACGCGGUCAGGUUAGACCUGGAUGCUAAAGUAGAUGAAGCAGAGGCUGCUAGUUUAAAUCUGAGAGCUGCCCAAACAGCCAAAGUAAGCCCUAAAGAUAACGGUAAAAGUAGUUCUCAACUCGCGGAAGAGGCUGCUGCUCAAGAUGGGGAAGCUCACGUGAAGGAUGUCCCGGCUUUGAAGGCCAGAGCAGAUAAAUCUGAAGAUGCAGUGAAAGAAAAAGAAGAGGAAUGUGAAGAAAAACCUGUGAAGGAGGCAAAGAAAGAAGAAAGAGUUAAAGCAAAAGAACCGCUGAAAGGCUACAUGAGACCCACAAAGUCGAGAGGUGGUCCGACUCCAGCUGUGCCGGCCAGGCCCGCCGCUCAGGAGCGAGAGAAACCAAAGCAGCCGAGACCCGCUGGUAUGAGCCGGCAGAGGCAAGAGAAAGCAAAACCAGAAGAGACCAAACCGGCUGAAGUGGUGACAGGGAAUGAUAUCACCACACCUCCAAACAAGGAGCUUCCCCCAAGCCCUGAGAAGAAAGCAAAGCCUGCAGCAUCCACACCAUCAGCAAAGCCUGCCGCACCGAAAGCCAGGCCUCUGUCCGCUACCAGCCCCAAGCGGCCAGCCUCUGCUACGCCUGGCCAAAACAAAAAACCCACCAGCCCUACUGCAGGUCCCACUACGGCCGCCACUCCUAAGCGCCCGGCCACCACUACCACACGUCCCGCCACCUUAACUCCAAAGGAGGCUAAACCAAAGGUUACAGAUGCAAAGAGCCCAGAUAAGCGGACCUCACUGUCAAAGCCACCAUCGUCUGUGACACCUCGAACUGCCGUCAAGACCAGCCCGGCUACUCCCAGGACAACUGCGGCAUCUCCGGUCGCUGCAGCAUCUGCUCUGAAAAACACUGCUGCGUCUCCACCGAAGAGGCCAACAUCUAUUAAGACUGAUGCAAAGCCGGCAGAUGCCAAGAAGACAGCUACAAAGUCGCCAUCAGCAGACGUGAGCCGCCCUAAGAGUGCUCCUGGAAACGCCGUGAAAAGUGGCGCCACCACUCCUUCCACUGCCACCUCAAGCACGCCCGCCCUACCUGGCGUGGCCACCAGUCGUCCCAAACCCAAGCCUGCUGCAGCCAAACCCACCACAACCUCGAGUGCAACAGCGGAUGCUAAAAAACCUGCUGCAGCCAAACCCACCACAACCUCAAGCACAACAGCGGAUGCUAAAAAACCAGCUGCUAAGGCCCCAACUAAACCCAGCACCGUUUCCAAGCCACCUCGCCCAACCAGCAGUGUUUCUGCUCCGGAUCUGAAAAACGUACGUUCCAAAAUUGGAUCAACAGAUAAUAUUAAGCAUCAGCCUGGUGGAGGAAAGGGGAAAGUAGAGAAAAAGCCAGACUCAACCGGUGCUGCGCGAAAGCCUGAACCCAAUGCGGUCUCUAAAAUGCCUCCUACUAAAACAGCUGUAACAAAAGAGGGUACCCCAAAGCAGCCCAAUGGGAAAGUCCAGAUAGUCUCCAAAAAAGCGAACUACAGCCAUGUUCAGUCCAAGUGUGGGUCCAAGGACAAUAUUAAGCAUGUCCCUGGAGGUGGGAAUGUGCAGAUACAGAACAAGAAAGUUGACCUUUCCAAAGUGUCCUCCAAGUGUGGCUCUAAAGCAAAUAUCAAGCAUAAACCAGGAGGAGGAGAUGUCAAAAUUGAGAACCAGAAGCUGAACUUCAAGGAGAAGGCCCAGGCAAAAGUGGGUUCUCUGGAUAACGUGGGACACUUGCCAGCAGGAGGAACAGUGAAGGCGGAGGGGAGCGAGGAGCCGGCGCAGCUGCCGCCGGCCCCGCAGAGCGCCGAGGCGCCGGCGGCCCGGGCGGGCGCCGCUCCGUGGGAGAACGGCGUGGGGCCGGCAGCGCCCGUCGCGGCGAGCGGGGCCGACCCGCGGGACACGCAGGCCUUCGAGGCUCGGAUCCAAGAGACAAAUUGAGUCUCCCGAGGCGCCGUUCCGUGCGAGGGCCGAGGCUCGGACGGACCACGGAGCGGACGCCGCCGUCUCCGACCCCCCCUCCUUCCCAAGCAGCGCUUCCCCCCGCGCCGCCCGGCGCCCGGCCCCGGCCGCCGCCGCGCUCCCCCGCGGCGAGCGGGGCCGGCGUCCCGCUCGGGGGCUCCCCUCCCGCUCCCGGCCGGCUCCCGCGGCGUUUCGGGGCUCGCGGCCGGCCCGGGGCCACCUGGGGAGCGGACGGGGGAUAAGCUGUGAUCCCCCCUCUCUCUUUUUUUUUUCUUUAUCUUCUCCUCCUCGCCGCUUGAGUUUCUGCUGACCCUGUUUGACGGUGAUAUAUAUUCUACACGCACGUUAGGGCUCUUUUAACCGUUGGCUUUGACCUUUUCUCCCUUGUGGCGAUGUGGUGAUAACUUACCGUGCUGCAAACCCACGCGAGGAUCCUCCCGCGCCCCCGUCCCUGGUCGUAGGAGAGUAGCCGCGUUAACCGCUGCCGCGCUGCUGGCUUCUCACUGACAUAUCCAGCAAUCGUAACUCUUCUUUUGUCGUCGUUGUUGUUGUUUUGUUUUGUUUUGUUUUUUAAUAUUUUAAAAUGAUGGAGCAAAUUCAUGGGAUUAAGCCAUGUGUGAUGUGAGAGGCGCAGGGAUGUGUUGAAGGAAACCUGGCUGUAGCAGAGCAGAGGAAGCCGGUGGCGCCGGGAGGAGUGCGGGCAGCUCGGCGAGCCCGCGGCGCUUUAUUUAUUUGCCGGGGCCCGGCGGGUGCCUCGGCCGGGGCUCCAGGAAAAAGGCAGGAGGCCGCUGCGCGCGCUGGAGCCGCCGGCUGCCGCACGCCGGCGCUUUUCUCGAAGGCCGAGGUGUCGGGUGUCCGCGCCGGGCGGCGCGGCUCUGGCGCGGGAGGAGGUUUACCUGCCGUCCGGGCUCGGGGCUCCUCGUUUCGCGUUGCGAAGGACACUAAAGAAAUGAAAUGUAAAUAAAAAAGAAAAGAAAAAAAAAAAGAAAAAAGCGUUCUUGGGUCGUCAAACUAAUUUAAAGCAAAAAGCCGAGUAACGAAACACUGGGAUCAAACGGACGUGUGCUAAGGCGGGGCGGCUCGAAGGAGGGGCAGGGGGAAGCCUGCAGCUUCUCCUGCUUGCGGGAAUGUUUCUUUUGGGAAGCCGACAGAGACACGAUAACCCGGAAUCUGUAUUUACACACAAAGAUUCUUAUUGCACUUGUAUUUUUUAUAUUAAAGUUUGCAUGAUUUCUAAUAAAAUGCAUUAAAAUGUACUAGUUUGCAUCCAAGUCGUCUGCUAGUUUCAUAAGUGCUUUUUUUUUUUUUUUUUUUUUCCUCCGAAUACAAAUUUGAAUAAGCAAUGCAGAUUUGCACCUGAAAGGGGCGGUCAUAUAUACCCCCAAAUCCUCCCGCUUCUUCCCUUCCUCCUCCUCUUCCUCCUGCUCCCUGGCCUUCCCUGCCACUCCCGGGAUAUAUCACUGCCCCUUGGCCACCGCUUGCGCUUGUUGCUGAAUUUGAAGCACCAGCUCGAGCUUCUCCGGUUGCUGAUGGGGUUGGUUGGUUUUUUUCUUUUCUUUUUUUUUUUUCCUUCCCCCCACUCAAGCACUUGAAUUGAGGGGAAGUUUGGAUGAGCAGGAACCGGAGAGCAGGUUCCUCCCCAGGGAAGGUCCCAGACUUUGCUUCGGGAAACAGAAAGGGACGGUGCCGCAGUGGCUCUGGUGUCGCUCUCGGGUGACCAAAGAGACAGUGGGAGCCGAGCUGUCGCCUUCUCCCUGCGUUUCUGCCUGGGAGCCGAAACGCCUGGAGAAGGGCAGUUCCCCGCGCACCUCCUGGGGCCGCGGCGGGAGGGAGAGCGGCAACGUUGCACUUCAGCUUCUGCGAGUGCAAAAAAAAAAAAAAAAAAAAAAAAAAAAGAGAUCGAAAGCAAGAAAAGAAAAAGAAAAAAAAAAAAGCAAGCGACCUCCUGCAGGCAGCUUUGCAGAGGGGCCGGAGCGCCACCGGCCCCUGGCUUUGCCCAGCUGCCGCAGUUUGGCUCGGGGCGAAGCAUCCUUGCUUCUGUGCCACGUUCUCUAACACUUGUUGUGCCUGUGUUUAGCUGACGUGAACUAAAUCCAGAUGCACUAGUUUGCUGUGGUUUUUCUAGGACAGUCUCAGUUUUAAUAAGGAUUUUUUUUUCCUUUUUUUUUUUUUUUUUUUUUGAUUGUGUUUUAAGGAAGCAGCUGUAUAUAUAUAUUGCUAGCCUGGGAAGUGAUUGAUGCGUGGCGAAAAUGGCUUUAGUUUCCGAUGCGGAGCAGUAGGAGCGAGCCGGCAAUGGCCGAGACCUCACUUGGCCGGCACGGCCGGGCGCUGCCAGGGCCGCGGGAGCGGCGCGAGGCUGCCGGAGCCCUGCGGCUCCUCGCGGAGCGGUGGCAAAUAUGAGACUUCGGGGCUUUUUUUUUUUUUUUUUUUUUUUUUUUUUUAACUGUACAGCGGAGCACGGCAGCGCAGCGGGGCCACAGGAGCGGGCGGCUCGGCUGGCCCUCGCACCUCGGGGACCCUCCGCGGACUGAAUGUAGUUUCCCCACGCGGGUGCGCGAGCGGGGCCCUCGCGCAGUCGCGGCCUGGUGUGUUUCUUUUUUUUCUCUCUUUUUUUUUCUUUUUUUUUCUUUUUCCCCUGGCAGAUUUUCUAGUUUCCCUGGGCGGGGGCAGCAGCACAGCUUGGGCUGCCACCUCCCCGCCUGCCUCAGCCCCCCUGCCAGCGGAGGGGGCGGCUGCCCCUGCCCGCCGUGGGGCCGGCGCGAGGCGCGUGUGACGCGGUCGCGCCGGGUGACGUCCUGUUAUCGCCGCGCUCGUGUCGGAGGAUUGAGGCGCAGAGGCCCCGGCCCCUCUGGGUGCGGAGCCGGCCCGCGCGGGACCCCCCGGGGCCCCAGAGCGGCACCAUCGCAGUCUGGGUUUUGCCUCUGCCUUUCUGUUUCACCUGCCUCUUCGGGGCUGUAGGACUGUCCCCCUUAGCUCAAAAAAAGAAAAAGAAAAAAAAAAUCCCUGAUGUGAUGUUGUGAUUCUUCCUCCUGUAAAGGGUUGAAAUAAAUAAAGCUUCUAGAUGUUC